AUGCCAACAGAGGAUCUUCACCUUCAUCUUCAAUUGUUCAUUGAAGUGAGUGAUUCCUUCAAGCUGCCCAGAGUGAUAGAGGAUGCACUGAGACUAAAGUUGUUCCCAUACUCCUUGAGAGAUAGAGCUAGAGCUUGGCUGAACUCUUUUCCAUCUGAUUCUGUGACUACUUGGCAAGAGUUAGCUGAGCGGUUUUUGAUGAAGUAUUUCCCUCCCACUAAGAAUGCCAAGCUCCGCAAUGAGAUUACUUCAUUUCAACAACUUGAUGAAGAAUCUUUAUAUGAGGCAUGGGAGCGGUUUAAGGAGUUGUUGCGCAAAUGCCUUCAUCAUGGCAUUCCUCAUUGCAUCCAGAUGGAGACAUUUUAUAAUGGUCUAAAUGCCCACACUAGAAUGGUGGUUGAUGCUUCAACGAACGGGGCACUUCUUGCUAAGUCCUAUAAUGAGUGGCCCACUUCUAGAUUGUCUACAUGUAGGAAGGUAGCUGGUAUUCAUGAUGUAGAUGCCAUCACUUAUUUGGUAGCCCAAGUCUCCUCUAUUUCUAAUAUGCUCAAGACAAUGAAUAUGGGGAUGAAUCAAUCAAUGGGGCAGCCUAUGGGGACACAAAUGGGGCCUAUGGAGAACAUUUCUUGUGUGUAUUGUGGUGAGGGCCAUGCUUUUGACAUCUGUCCUUCCAAUCCAGCAGCUGUGUGUUACAUGGGGAACCAAAAUAGGAAUAGCCAUUAUUCUAAUUCCUACAACCCAUCAUGGAGGCAACAUCCCAACUUCUUGUGGAGUAAUCAAGGGGCUGGCCCUAGCAAUUUUUCUAUGCCUCCAAGACCAAAUUUCCCACCAGGUUAUCCCCCACAAGCACCACAACAAAGGCCACAACAACAAGGAAUGCAAUCUAGCUCUCUUGAGAACAUGUUGAAGGAGUAUAUAGUGAAGAAUGAAGCCAUGAUCCAAAGCCAAGCGAUAUCAUUGAGAAACUUAGAAAACCAAGUUGGGCAGCUAGCUAAUGAGCUCAGAAAUAGACUCCAUGGUACGUUACCAAGUGACACCGAGAAUCCAAGAAAUGGGAGCAAUGAACAUUGUAAAGCCGUCACUUUGAGAAGUGGGAAGGAGUUGGAGAAUUCCAAGGAAAAUUCUUGGCAUGAGGAUGAGCCCUCUUCAAUCCAAAUAAAUGAGGAAAUUCAAAAAGACGCUGAAAUUCCUAGUGUAGAAAAAUCUGCCUCUGCCCAGAAUGCUUCAGGAAUGCCACAACAUUAG